CAGAGAUGGCUGCUAUGUUCAGUAAUACUCGCUCGGUCGCUUCCUCUUCUGGCCAUAUUGUCGAAUUCAAAGCUGGACGCUCUCGCCUUGAAGCUGGAUCCGGAGAUACUAUGAGAAAAGUUGUUGCUGAACCCAAAAAGGGAUUGGUAUUCAUUAAGCAAAGUAACGACAUGCUCAUCCACUUUUGCUGGAAGGAUCGUGAAACUGGCGCAGUUGUUGAUGACCUCAUAAUCUUCCCCGAUGACGCUGAAUUCAAAGCUGUUCCUGGAUGCCCUGAUGGCAAAGUGUAUAUGCUCAAGUUCAAAUCUGGAGAUAUGAAGCUUUUUUGGAUUCAAGAUUCAACACCAGACGUUGACAAGGAUCUUGUGAAGAAGGUCACUGACGCUCUGAACAAGCCGCCGACAUCUCGUCCAGCUGCUUCCCGAUCGGCUGGUUCUAACGCAAACACUGAUCGUCAGUCUGCUGGAGGAUCACUUAUCUCUAGCUCAGACAUGAAUGCUCCCCUUGGAGGCAUCGAUCAAGGGCAAUUGAUGUCAUUGAUUCAAUCUCUGCAAGGCGGAAACUCUGACACUCUUCCAAUUUCUUCCGUGCCUCGAGGAGAGGACGCAUCGUCAGAAGCAGACUGCGAGCCUUCGACGAAUGCAGCUGAGGAAGGAUCUUCAAAUCCACUUUCCUUGAAUAACCCGGCGAUUCAACAAAUCUUCAACAACUUGGGACGCUCACAAAAGAAAGAGGUGGCAGUCUCUCUGGCAACUGCUCUGUCGAAUGAAACGGUUGCUGAAGUUGCUCGUAACCACGCUGAAGAGCUCGCACCGCAUCUUCCAACUUCUGAUGAUCCAGCCCGGGAGCUUUCUGAGACAGUCAGAACUCCGCAAUUCAGACAAGCUGCUGAUACACUUGGACAUGCACUUCAAACUGGUCAACUCGGGCCAGUAGUUGCACAGUUCGGAAUGGAUGAAGCCACAGUUGGCUCCGCGAAUCAAGGUGAUAUUCGUGGUUUUGCUGCUAAUCUCACAAAGGCUGAGGGAGGAGAAGAUGCUGCCAAGACUCCACGGGUUGAUAACCCGAUCUGCCGGAGAGCUGUGAUGCCGUCCGCUUAUCUCGGCUUCUUUUCCCCCUCAAUUGCGGCAACGGUGUCUCGGCUAGAAAACUCGGACGAUGACGCCACUCGCGAACCAGAGCCAAAGCGCAACCGUCCAGACAACGAAGAUAUGGAUGUCGAUUAAACUCUCUGAAUAAACAAAUUCUUCAUCACUUUUGUGCAUAUUCCCCCUUAAACUGUGUUCUCCGUGUUCCUCUUUUUCCGACUCGUCCCUUUAGUAUUUCUUCAUCAUGCCAGAAAUGGUGUGAUAAGAUAGUAGAGCGAUGUUUAUCGACCACUUCUCUUCGCUCUCUUUCAUUUAUUCGACCUUCAAGACGUCCCCAUUUUUAUUCCAUUUCGAGAACUUAUUUAUUCAUUGUAAAGUACUGCAAAUAAACCCUUUUUACCAUCAA